AUGGCGGAUAUCAUCUCAUUUGAUUUCGCCGACUGCUAUUUUGAGAACUUCACUGUCAACGAACAAAUAGUCGAUUUGUAUAAAGGAAAUGCCUGUGUCGGGCUUAAAAAGGGGUUUGUGAAAAAAUCAAAGGAAAUCGAAAUUGCUAUUGAAGAUGAUAAAAAGAAUACUCAAUUUGUUUUACUUUCAACUGGUGUUGCAGUGCUUGGGGUAUUGUUCAUAAUUGCCGUGAUACUUAUUGGCAUACUACUUACACUGUUUAUCUUAUCACAUAGAAAACAACAAAAGAAUUACAACAAUUUAUCUAACACAAGAUAA